AUGUCCGACACCCAACCUGUUGCUCUCCGCUGCCGCAGCGCUGGGGAUAUUCUACCCGCCGAACUAACUCAAUUAAUUCUCGAGACGUUCGACGACCAGGAGCUCCGCCGCAUCGUCCGAGAAAUCGAGGACCUGGCGGACCAUGCCAUCGAGGUAAUUAAGGUCAAAUUCAUUGCAAACAACAGUCUAACGAUUCCAGAUGCCGCCAGCGUUGACGCAUACCAUAAUGAUAUGCUCGGGCCGAACCACAUCAGCACGAACGGCAUUUGCUUCCCCCUCGAAGUGCCCAUCAUCCGAGGCUCGGAUCCCAUCGCAGGGGUCAUUCGGGGUAAUGAGGUGCGGGUGAUGAAGAUACUCAUCGAGGCAGGCCUGGAUGUCUUGUCGUACAGCAAGAACGGCUGGACUCUGCUAGGACUCGCGCUUGUCUGGGGCACAUCCGACGACGUGGCUGCGCUGCUCAUCGAUGAGAUGGACCCGGCUCACCUGCUUGGUUUUGCGCGUCUUGGCGAUUCCGCCCCGUGUCUCCUGACUCUGGCUGCCUACUCCAGCAAGGAGAUGUUUCGCCGGAUGUGGCUGCGGGUGCGCCGCUUGGACAACUGGACGGCGUAUAUGUACCCCGUCACUCACUAUCAGCUCUGCCGGCACGCUGAUGCGGCCUUUGCGGAGGAAUUACUGGCUGAUGGGAUCGAUCUCUCGAGGGCUGUGCUGCCUGAACAGGGCCGAACUGCGUGGCAUGCCGCCGCGGAAGCGAAUAACAACAUGGAUUUUUUCGAGUGGCUGUACCUUCGCAUCCCGGAGCAAAUCAACCAGGGCAGUUCGCUUGAAGGGUACACGCCCCUCAUGACCGCUGCGGCUGAAAGGUGGCAUGAUCGCGCGAAGGCAAUUAAAUGGCUGUUGGCGCACGGCGCUGAUCCUGAGAUUGUCUCGCAGAACGGCAAGACAGCGAUGUCGAUGGCCGAGGCGGCUAAUAACCCGCACCUAAUUCCGCUCCUCAAGCAAGAAAGUGCUUAG